AUGGUGACACAAGUCGGGGUUGGUCGUGCUCGCUUCAACCCUUUGGUCAACCCGGUAAAUUCGAAGCCGGUCCUCGUGGAAGAACACAUCGAGUCCCAACACCACAUCUUCCUCUCACGCCCUUACCUCGGCGCACUCCUAUUCGAAAACAGCUCUUCCGACGCCCGCGACCACUGCGCCAACGAGCGCACUUUCCUUUCAUGGCUCCGUCUGUCCAUGUACCUGGCGAUCGUGUCCAUGGCCAUCAUCAUCUCCUUUCAUUUCCGCGAUCAACCCACCGGCCUAGAGAGACGCAUGGCCUUACCGCUCGGGAUCAUCUUUUGGAUUUUGAGCUUGACCUGUUUGGCUAAUGGGUUUGCGAAUUACUCGCGCACGGUCAGGAAGUACGCGCGCAAGGCGGCUUUGGUGCAGAGUGGUUGGAAAACGCAGGUUGUCUUUACGGUCGUUGGGACGGUCAUUCUGGGCAGUUGCAUUCUGUUUUUGUCCACGGAUCCAGCGCGGUAA